CUUUUUUCUGAACCGAAAUCUCGUGUGUAAGGAUGAGUGUACUACACAUGCGCAAGACACAGCCCAUAUCACGAAUGGGUUCAUUCUGGUAUCAACUCAUUCUACGCCUGCGCUUCCGUCGUACGUAACUCGUGCGCACAACAGCAACCCAUGCUGAACAUGGCCUCUCGGCAACUGAAACUUGCCAUGCGCGCUACGGGAUCACUGCUUUCUGCGCAUGCGCUCUCCCUCUGGAGGCGUCGGAAGUUCUUCCUUGCUUCCGGCCAGCUCAUUCCUCCUCCCCCUCCAGGUUUGCGGCUCGGGUCUAGAGACCGUCUCCGCCGCUAUGUCAGGCGCAUCUUCUGGGUCCGGGGCGAGCUCAGUGGGAUCAGUGGUGCGGCGGUUCCUGGCCGAGUACAGCAGCGGGACGCCGAGCCGCCUGAAGGUGCUGGACGCCUACCUGCUUUACGUCAUGCUGACGGGAGCGGUGCAGUUCGGCUACUGCCUCGGCGUCGGCACCUUCCCUUUCAACUCUUUCCUGUCGGGCUUCAUCUCCGCCGUGGGAAGUUUCAUCCUAGGCGUUUGCUUGAGGAUCCAAAUCAACCCACAGAACAAGGGAGAAUUUCAGGGUAUCUCACCAGAACGGGCCUUUGCAGACUUCCUCUUUGCCAGCACUAUCUUGCAUCUUGUUGUCAUCAACUUUGUGGGCUGAUAAAAAAGACUUGGAGGUCCUGGAUUUGUCUUGUUUACUGAAGACCCCACUGCACAGGCACUGCACAGCACCAUACAGAUCAUGGACUUUGAUUAGUUUCCUGGUGAGAAAAGGCAUGGGGAUUUAAAAUGUUCCUUGAAAUAAAUGGCCAUUGCCUUUCAUUUCUUAUGAUUUUCAAUAAACCUCUUUUGUUACA